AUGAAGACCGCUAUGAAGAAGGUCGUGAAGUCCGGUGCUAUGAAGGCCAAGACCACGAUGAAAGCCAAGGCAAUGAAGGCCAUGAAGAAGAAGGCCGUGUCCAAAAUCGCCAUGGGCAAGCGCGCGAAGUCCGUCGUCUUCCGUGGCAGCAAGGAGAAGACCUCGGGUGGCCUCGCGAAGUCUCAGUUGAUGAAGAACAAGCGAGGCAAGGUUGUGAGCAAGAAGAUGCACGCCAAGGGGAAGACGAUCCAGAAGUUCGUGCAGCGUUGGCUCGACUCCGUGAUGACGGCUCGGAAAGAGCUCGGAAUCAAAGGCUUCUGCGCAGUGGGCGGUAAGAGUGCCCAGGGCAAAGCCCUCUAUGCCAAGGCGAAGGCGCUUUACGUUUUCGUGGUCAGGCCUUCGCCGCUUGGCAAGCGCAACCAUGUUCCCGCGGAUGAGCGAGGCUGGAUCUACUUCGAGCGCCUCGUGUCCACCAUCAGAGUCGCCCUGACGGAUGAGCAGUACGCCGCCCGGACUUGCUACUCCAACAUCCCCGAGCUGAAGGUGUCAAUCCUGAAUCGUGCCACCCUGCUGAGGCGCGCAGCCUCCACGAGCAACGCAGCCCUGAAGCACCAGUUCGAGACGUACAUCUCGGAGAUCAAGACGAAGACCUUUGCAGCCACCUCUCUGGACAAGAAGAAAGCCUCGGCUGCCACGAAGGUUCAAGACGUGGAUUUGGUCUUCCAGCUCCUGGGUGAGAUGCGCUGCCGGGUAUCCCUGGCCUUGGCGUUCACCGUGAGAUCCCUCAGCAUUGAGGACUGCCGAGAUCUUGUUGAGGCCAAGGCAGACCUGACCAUCCAGGAUGGCCGGGGAUACACGCCCCUCCACAACGCCGUGAGGUUUCGCAACGUGGAGACGGUCAAAUUUUUGCUUGAGAGUGGUGCGCGCCAGAGCCUCCGCGACAAGCUUGGCAACACCUGCUUGCACGUUAUCCCGCUCUACGCGGAUGACACGACCCUGCAGCUUUGCCGAGUGCUCGGCGAAGAUCCGGCCCACUUGCAGAAGAAGAACCGGGCAGGGCUCCAGGUGCUCCAGCGACUCGAGGCUUGGGCCCUGACGGCUGUGAACGGCGGGCCCUACAAUCCCGUGCUGGAUUGGAUCAAACAGCAGAAAUCGGAGUACCCCUUCCUGUCCGAGCAGGCCAAGAGAAAGAGGAAACCGGAUCGAUCGGAUCGCUUCGAGGUGAGCAUCUACUGCACCACAGUGUUGGUGCGGACGCAGGAACGGACGGUGCACGUGGUGGAGCCGGAGUUCACCCCGCUCUGUCACGUCGUCUACCUGGGCCUCGCUCGCUUCAUCCCCUUCUCCCUGCAGCUUCCAGCGCUACGGCGCUGGGCCGGCGCUCUGGGCGUGAAGGUCUGGGCGAUCUGUGAGGAUUCCGUGGAUCCUGAGCUCAUGAAUGGAAAGGAUCCCGAGGCCUUCCAAUCCGAUCUGGCCCGUGUCGUGGAGGGCCUGUUGCCUUCCUUGCCGAGAAAGUUUGUGCUCGUCGACAGCAGCUGGGGACCAGGCACCUCGCUUCUAUGGAAGUUUAAGAAGCACUUGCUGGGUGCCAUGAUCAUCAAUGCGCACCUCUUCAAG